AGGUAAAUGGUUUUUUAUUAAUUUCUACAUCAACUGGAGCACUUGAACAUGUGAGCUAGACUGUCAGAGCACAAAGGAUUGUGGGUAAACCGUUCUCCUUACAGACUUUGAAGAACCGCAGGUGAACCCCACAAAAUGCUGAUGUGCCCCUUUAAGGAUAGCAUGAACUAUUAGGAUAGGAAUGAAGGUGACUCGUAAGAGGAUGGCUGUUAUUCGUUUACAUCGGAAGGUCGUCUAUGCUGCCAUUCUUCUCUUGCUUGUACCCUUCCUAGUUCUGAUUUACUACAGCACUUCAGAACACCAUGAAGCAUCUAGAGAAAGUAAGAACCUGCUUGGCUUCAACAGCCGAGAAGCCAUCUUAGCGGACAGAGUCAAGGAAAUGGAACAUGAGAACCAGAUGUUACGCCGACAGCUCAGUAUAUCUCAGAGUCAGUUGCAGCAGACGUAUGAGACAUACCAGCAGGUCUUGGUUGAGAAUAACAAUGUUUCAGGGGAUCCCGUCCCUCUUGAGAUGAACCGAUCGUUGCCUGUCAAUUGCGUCAACGCAGAUCCCAUUCCCAAGUGUGAGAGGAUCCACGUGUCGAUCGUUUGUGCCGGUCAUAACGCAAGUCGCGAUGUCAUCAUCCUCAUCAAAUCGAUCCUGUUCUACCGGAAGAACCCCCUUCAUUUUCAUUUCAUCUCUGAUGAGAUGGGGCAACAGAUCCUCUCCACGCUCUUCAAGACAUGGGAUGUUCCUGGAGUAAAAGUAAGCUUCUACCUCGCAGAGAAUUAUAAGAGUCACGUUGAAUGGAUCCCUAAUAAGCACUACUCAGGCCUGUAUGGAUUGAUGAAGUUACUUCUUAUUGAGAUACUACCGCCAACUCUGGACAAGACGAUAGUCCUUGAUACAGACAUCACCUUCGCCAGUGACAUCGCGGAGCUCUGGGGUCUGUUCCAGAGGAUGACAAGUAAGCAGACCCUGGCCUUGGUAGAGAACCAGAGUGACUGGUACUUAGGGACUCUCUGGAAGAAACACAAGCCCUGGCCCGCAUUGGUAAGUCAGACAUAGUUCUUAGUCUUAGAAUUAGAAUCAUAUGUACAUUCUUUGGACAGAGGUCUUUAGUGUUAGCAUUAGAAAGUCUAUAAAUACCUGCUGUGGAAGGGUCUAGGGUCUGAUACCUUGUCUUUGUCACUGGUAGAGAACCAGAGUGACUGGUACUUAGGAACUCUCUGGAAGAAGCACAAGCCCUGGCCGGCAUUGAUAAGUCGAUCAGAACUAGGCCCUAGUCCUAGCAUUUGAACCACAUAUACAUUCUUUGGAUAGAGGUCUUAGCCUUAACAUUAGAACCAUAGAUACCUGCUACGGAAGGGUCAAGGCUCCAAGACCUUGUCUGUAGCGCAGGUAGAGAACCAGGGUGAUUGGUACAUAGGAACUCUCUGGAAGAAGCACAAGCCUACAUUGGUUAGACAGAAAUAGUUUCCAGUUCUAGCAUGAGAACCACAGGGAUAUUCUUUAGACAUAAGUCCUAUCGUUAGAUAUCUGCUUAGGAAGAGUCUGUACCUUGUCUUUAGCGCUGGUAGAGAAGCAGUGUGAGUGGUACUCUCUGGAAGAAACACAAGCCCUGAUCUGCAUUGGUAAGUCAGACAUAGGUUCUAGUCCUAGCAUUAGAACCAUGAUAGAUACCUGCAAUAGAAUAGUCUAGGGUCUCGUACCCUGUCUGUAACCCUGAUAGAGAGCCAGAGUGGUUGGUACUUAGAGUCUCUCUGGAAAAAACACAAGCCCUGGCCUUCAUUGGUAUAUCAGAGACAGGUCCUAGUCCUAGCAAUAGGCCAUAGUUCUAGUUUUAGAACCAUAGAUACCUGCCAUAUGGUCUAUGGUCUCAUACCUUGUAUUUAGUGCUAGUAGAGAACCAGAGUAAAAGGUUGAAAAUUGAAUACAUGUUUGUAUAAUUCUAGAUAAAUCAAUUCUGUGGAAUGAACUUAUUUUUUUAAUCUUUAAAGGUGGGGAGAAUAUUGAAAGUUUUUACGGUAAACAUUUCUUUUCAGAGCUAACAUACAAUCAAGAAAGAAUAACAAACAGUCCUUUUCAGGACUACAUACAUGGUGUUUACUGUAAAAACUUCGAUUGAACUUAUUUUUAUUCCUCCACCCACCCUUAUGGUUGCCAGAGAAAUAUUGUUUUGAGGCUGAAUUUACAGACCAGUUCAGAGCAGUAAACAAAGUCAUCUAUGUCAAAUCUUUUUAGAAUGCAUGGAAGAGAGAGAGAGAGAGAGAGAGGGAGAGAGAGAAGCACACUGUCAACACCAUCAUUAACACCACCAGAAACUCCAUCAACCUUACCACGAAUACAUUGACACCAUCAUCAAUAUCAUCAACACCAUUGUUAAGACCACUAUCAACACCUUUGUCAAGACCACCAUCAACACCAUUGUCAAGACCACCAUCAACACCAUUGUCAAGACCACCAUCAACACCAUUGUCAAGACCACUAUCAACACCAUUGUCAAGACCACCAUCAACACCAUUGUCAAGACUACCAUCAACACCGUUGUCAAGACCACCAUCAACACCAUUGUCAAGACCACCAUCAACACCAUUGUCAAGACCACCUUCAACACCAUUGUCAAGACCACCAUCAACACCAUUGUCAAGACCACCAUCAACACCAUUGUCAAGACUACCAUCAACACCAUUGUCAAGACCACCAUCAACACCAUUGUCAAGACCACCAUCAACACCAUUGUCAAGACCACCAUCAACACUAUUGCCAAGACCACCAUCAACACUAAGCCUGAGUCGAAUCGAUUUUAAAAUCGGUGUUCGAUCGAUGUCAUCGAACGCCGAUGCAGAUUUUGCAAAAUCGGUGCAUCGAAAAAAAAAAAAUACGUCGGCCGGCCGAUUCAUUUGGUUCACACAAUCAAACAUCAAAAUAAACAGUAAUAUCCGUCUCGACUACUACUUACUUCAUUUAUAUUGCCCCCAAAAUGAAACGGAUUGUGUAAUUAUGAUGCCUAUUCACCAUUAAUUUGAAGUUUAUUUCGAUCAUAGUUCGAGUCUUACUCGUCUGCACGGCUCGUCUGCUCGUGCCGAGAUAAUUUAUGCACGAUGAAUUUAUGAAUGGAAGUCGCCAUUGUUCGUGCAUGCGCAGUACUGUGCUUUAAUCAAAUCAGAAAAUGGCCGGAAAAUGGAUGCGAUCAACGUAUAAAAGUAAAUCUUGCUUUCAUGAACAAUAUUAAUAUCAUGACCAUAGAACAUGAUUUAAUCGUAAUAUUUAACAAUAAUUUGCAUAUGAUAAUCAUUAAUAUGAAUUUAGAGCUUGAUGUGAAACGUUUGUAUUUCGUUUCAAUUUUCAAUGGCGGACAUCACAUGACGAUCGACUUGAGUGAGUGGAAUCGCACUUGUCUAAAAAAAUAAUUACACGUCAGGAUUGAUUAUCGAACAUUGUCAACAUGUAGAAACUCUUUUGAUGAUCGUAAUAUCACCAUAUAAUAAUAUUUUACAUGACACAACAGAGAAAAAUUACAUUUGAUAUUUUUUCCCAUCAAUUUGAAGCUUGUUUGUGCCCAACUUUGGGCUCUGAUUUCAUGAAUGGAAAAUAUGUCAGACGUCAUCGAACGCGCGUGCGCAUUGUGCUUCUUUUCUCGGAGCGCGGAGACGUCCAGAGAUGGAAUAAAAAAUAAAAAUAAUGCCAGUAUAAUACUAUUAAUUCUUCCAUAUGAAUAUAACAUACUUUGCUGACAUCGUCAAUAUUUUUAGUAUGGCCAUAAAAUCUUAUUAAAUCGUAAUUAUUUUACAUCCAAUAAUAAUUUAUAUGAAGUUAGAGCUCGAUCCGAGACAUUCGUAUUUAUUUCGAUCACAAGCUCUUGUGUCUAAAAUAAAUGGAUUAUCAUUAUCAGGAUUAAGUCUCGAACAUCGUCAGAACUCAUAUUUUCCAAUCUUUCCUCACAAUCGUUAUAUAUCAGCAUUGAAUACCAAUUCAAAUGACCAUCCAGAGAAAAUUACGUAUUUAUUUCCAUCAAUUUAUUUGGAGCUAAUUUUGGAUCCAACUACCCCGCCAACUACACAAUCUCAGGCAAGUUACAGCGCUCUCCCCGCUGUUUGCACUUGUUAGAUGGCGCUGGCAAGCAUGCCUGUCGUUUCGGGAGAGUGAGUGAACGGGGCUGCGGACGGGGCUGGUUUGUGCGAGGCUGGACUGCGAAUGCUAGUUGACCGAAAAUCAUUCGGAUCGACUCUGCGUGAUUCAUGUCUUUAAUAUUGUUUCAUUUUAAACUUAUAUGUUAUCAUCUGCAAAUAUCAUUGUUGAAGAUAUUUUGGGAAGAAUUCUGCAUUGCCCCCGGCCUUUUUUGUGUUUUGUGAUCAUGGAAAAUACAAACGAACUUUGCUCUGUCAUCUGCUUUUGCAACGCUCACCCGGCGCGGCCAGCGCAGACCGUCAGUGCAUGUAGUGCAUGCAUAGCGCAUGCAUCGACGGCCGGCCGGAGCAAAAAAAAUGACUCGAUUUUCCCCGCCUUCAAAUUUCGAUGCAUCGAUGUUCGAUCGAAUUAAAGCUGUCGAACACCGGUUUUCAAAAUAAUCGAUAUGACUCAGGCUUAAUCAACACCAUUGUCAAGACCACCAUCAACACCAUUGUCAAGACCACCAUCAACACUAUUGUCAAGACCACCAUCAACACCAUUGUCAAGACCACCAUCAACACCAUUGUCAAGACCACCAUCAACACUAUUGCCAAGACCACCAUCAACACCAUUGUCAAGACCACCAUCAACACCAUUGUCAAGACCACCAUCAACACCACCAUCAACACUAUUGUCAAGACCACCAUCAACACCAUUGUCAAGACCACCAUCAACACCAUUGUCAAGACCACCAUCAAGACCACCAUCAACACCAUUGUCAAGACUACCAUCAACACCAUUGUCGAGACCACCAUCAGCACCAUUGUCAAGACCACCAUCAACACCAUUGUCAAGACUACCAUCAACACCAUUAAGACCACCAUCAACACCAUUGUCAAGACCACCAUCAACACCAUUGUCAAGACCACCAUCAACACCACCAUCAACACUAUUGUCAAGACCACCAUCAACACCAUUGUCAAGACUACCAUCAACACCAUUGUCAAGACCACCAUCAACACCAUUGUCAAGACCACCAUCAACACCAUUGUCAAGAUCAACACCAUUGUCAAGACCACCAUCAACACCAUUGUCAAGACUACCAUCAACACCAUUGUCAGGAUCACUAUCAACACCACCAUCAAGACCAUCAUCAACACCAUUGUCAAGACCACCAUCACUACCACAUCUACACCCUCAUCAACACCAUCAUCAACACCAUUGUCUUAAUCACCAUCAACACCACUAUUAACACCAUUGUCAACACCACCAUCACCACCAAUUUCAUGUACAAAUCCAAUGCAAUUUUUUAGGCCAAAAUGUGUGAGUUCAUUUUCUUAUUAAACUCAUAAUUGGAAAGUGUUUUGAAACAAGUUCCAUCCCCCCAAAAAACCUCCCAACAACAACUAAAAGUUGAAAAACAAAGAAAUGCGUAACAUUU